AUAAUAAACGCCAAGAAAUUGAAAGAUCUUAUUGACUGAAAGCAUCGAAACAAUGUCGGAAUUUCCAAGCCCUAAAGAAAACUAAACUCAACUCUAAAAGGAAUUCAAGUCGGGAUAAAAAUGGUAUAAAGCAUUAAUAGCCGAUUGAAUAGGACAGUAGUGUUAUCUGUCGGUAAAUUCACAACCCAGUGUCGUCUGCGUCAGCAUACAACUCUUUUACCUUUUACUAAUACAUGUUUGUGUGACAGUACAAACGCGGAAAGUGUACGUGUACUACCAACAGGCUAUUUAUUUGUCUGUUUAUGCUUGAGUAAUGAAUAAAUUAGGAAUAUGUAAACUAUUAUCAAACGAUUUGUGGAGUCGUAAUAACAAACCUCUCGCUUCCGAGGUUUUAACGAGGUACCUGCUGCAAACGAAGGAGCCACCGUGGACAUCGUACUUCGUGAAGUACCGGGACAUUAAAAAUGACCAACGAGGCUUGUCUCAUUUCAAUUGGCCUGUCGGUAAUUCAAACUACCAUGUUCUGCGUACCGGAUGCUUCCCUUACAUAAAGUACCACUGCACGAAACGCCCUGUAGAAGACCUCACGCUCGAUGACAGAUUCUAUAAGGCUAUCAAGAUAAUUAACCUUGGAAUUCCUACUCUGCUUUAUGGACUCGCAGCUAUCUACUUAAUACGGCAUCAAGAGCCUGUCAAGACUUCGCGAGGUCAAGUUGUUAUAUACUUUUUACUCCCCGAAGACAAGGGAUCAAGAUACUGAACCUGGAACCUAUCACUUUUAAAUUACAGAAUUUAAUUUUUAAAUUAAUUGCACGGAAUGGAAGUUAGGAAUUUUUUAAAAAUUUCAACAUACAUAUGUCUACAAGCAUUUGUUAUGACACUGAAUUAAAUUACAAUAUUUCACUGGUGGUUAGAUCACAUAUUUGUAGACUGUCUUUUAUUAAUUCGAAUCCGGAAUUCACUCGAAGUCGGGGCGGAGUUGCCAUCAAUAAAUCUAACGACAAUUAAUUCUUAAAGAUUUUACUCCAGGGCGUCACUUUCAGGCGCCUAAGACCUAAGACUUGUUUCUUUAUUUAUUAACUAUCCCGGUUAUUUAUCGAUUGCAUUUAUUAUUUUGUAAUUAAAGAUAUAUUUUAUUUGCCAAUGUGGACGGGAUUAUUCGCCACCGCAGGGGAGCUUUCUUGUAAAACAAAAUGUCGUAAAUUAAAACAAUUAUUCGGACUUUAAAUCAGUGAUUUUGGUUUUCCGUGUAAUAAAAUAAAAGAGUUGUUGUCAUUAUAUUUCUUAAU